AUGGUGACUGGCAGCAUCCCGCUUGAGGCCUUUGGCCCUCCUCCGGAAUAUGAAAGCAGACUGAAGAGAAAUGCGACGGGGCCUGUUCAUAAUCAUUACUAUACUCAGCCUCGGGAGGUUCCUUGGUAUCGUCGAAAACGAUUCUUUUACCCUGCGGUAGGACUCUCGGUGUUCAUCGUAAUCACUUGUGCGGUCGUUCUUGGGGUGGUACUCAAGUUGGAGUCUGCCAGGAAAUCUGACACGACGGGCGAUGACGAUAUCUCGUCGACAACAGCUCUUACUAGUCAAACACAGCCGAUUUCUCUUGGUGCGUCGUCAACUACCCGUCGUAACUCGACACAGCAUACAGUGACUGCUGUGUUAUCAACACCAAGCACACAAUAUACUCCCACUUCGACUACGACAGAAGCUCAAGAGACGGCUACGCCAUUUAUCAUGUCGGACAAGUCUCAGCUGGCAUCACUGCUCGUUAGGAAAGAAGGAGACUCUGGCCAGGAGCGCAGACUACUGGUCUUCCAAGAAGACACUGGCCAUCUUCUUAUUACCGAAUGGGUGAACAGGACAGUCACCCACUUUAGAAUCAACGAGAAGCUGGAAUCAUCGGCUCCGGAACCCAAGCCAGGCACUCCUCUUGCUAUGGAAGCCGAUCGAACGGGGUCAGUCCACCUGUUUUACUUGAGCCAGACCAAUCUUAUUUCCCAGGUCUCCGAGGCGGAAUCCGGAAUAUGGAAACCAGGGGAGGUGACGGACGAGCGCGGCAGUAUUCGAACAUCCUCAUCGUCGGGUCUAUCCGCGGCAUGGCACAAGGGGAGGAGAACGCCAGAUCUACUCGUUUUGGCAUAUGACAAUCCCUCGCAGGAAUUGCAACUCGCCAUCGCAGACAACCCGGUCGACCGGAACGCUUGGUACAUAGCCAACGUCACCUCCGUUUUCGCGGAAUCGGUGCCAGGCCAAUCGAACAUGCCUUGCUACUCACUUGCAGGCGACUGGUAUGACAAGAGAUCCAAGUCUGGCGACGAAGAGCCUCCAACUCUUCUGAUUGGGGUCGUCGACAAAAACACGGUGGUUCCUUGGGACUGCACCAUUGACUUUUGGCCACCGCCAGAUGUUCAAGUCCAGUGUAAAAAGGCCGAAAGGGCAUUCGCCGAUGCCAAAGGCGACGGACUUGGCUUGAGCCCACUACCUAGGCAACUCCUUUGGGUCCGUCAUCCUCGACAACCUGAUGAGCAGGACGACUCGACGGAUGGAUACGAUUUUACCCUUCUAUCCACUGACGGCUCUAACGUCGUUCGUGAAAAUUUGGUCGGGGGAAGUAGAGUACGGAAUACAAGUCUGGGCUUUAUGGCGAAAUCUCCCAUCACAGCAAUGUCAGCCACAUCAGAGGGGCUGGUGGGAAAGUUCCGGGUUGGCCGGGCUGCACGAUGGCCUGCAGGCGUAGAGCGAGACGAGUGUGGAGAAGGUUACAAUGACAGCCGGACGCGACAGUGA